AUGAAUAGACAACGUGAGGCCGAAAAGGCCCUUCACGACCAAACCAACAUCCUACCCUUCGGACAAUUGAUGGUAGUUUUCACUGGUCUAGCCAUCUCGCUGUUGAUCACUAUGGUCGACCAGAAUGGAAUCAGUGUCACAUUACCAACGAUUGCCCGCGAUCUAGGAGCCGCAGAUACUAUUUCCUGGGCCGGAACCUCAUCUCUGAUCGCCAAUACUAUGUUCACGGUACUAUACGGCCGGCUAUCAGAUAUCUUCGGUCGAAAGAUCGUUUACAUCUCAGCUUUGUGUUUACUUUGCAUUGCCGAUUUGAUUUGUGGUCUCUCAGUUAGUCCGGCUAUGUUCUACGUUUUCCGUGGCUUGGCCGGUGUUGCUGGUGGCGGUGUCACAUCUCUCACGAUGAUCAUUGUCUCAGAUAUCGUCACUCUCGAAAAGCGUGGCAAGUACCAGGGUAUUCUCGGUGCUUCUCUCGGCGUGGGAAACAUUAUCGGUCCGUUCCUGGCUGCCGCAUUUAUCGAGAAGUCAACGUGGCGAGGCUUCUUCUGGUUGAUCUCGCCCUUGGCUGCGUGCUCUGCUGUUGUGGGGUACUUCCUUAUCCCGAACAACGCUCGCAAGGAUAGCUUCCGGAAGAAUAUACGCCGGAUUGAUUGGUUCGGUGUUUUUGCUUCGUCUCUUGGAAUCAUUUUCAUUUUGAUUCCCAUUUCUGGAGGCGGGUCUUAUUUCAACUGGGACUCUGCGAUGGUGAUUAGUAUGCUUGUCAUCGGAGGAUGUUCUUUUGUUGCAUUUUUUUUCAUUGAGUGGAAGGUGGCUGCACUUCCAAUGCUUCCAGUCCAUUUCUUCAAGAACAAGGUCAUCUCGGCUCUGUUCCUGCAGAGUUUCCUACUCGGAGCUGUCUACCAGUCAUAUCUCUACUACCUGCCGCUUUAUUACCAGAAUGGACGUGGCUGGUCUCCAAUUGUGUCAGCAGCACUGACUGCUCCCAUGGUGACCUUCCAGUCGAUCGCGUCUGUAUGCUCUGGGCAGUAUAUUUCUCGACUAAAACGUUAUGGAGAGAUUAUCUGGGUUGGCUUUGGCCUCUGGACUUUGGGUGCCGGCUUGACUCUUCUCUUCGAUGCCCAUACUCAUCCAGCUGUUAUCGCAGUUAUUGUCGCCAUUACCGGCACAGGAAUCGGGUUCACUUUCCAACCUACUCUCGUCGCAUUGCAAGCACACUGUACCAAGUCCCAGAGAGCCAUUUCCAUCUCCAAUCGAAACUUCUUUCGCUGCAUGGGUGGCUCUUGUGGCCUGGCUAUCUCGGCCGCCCUCUUGCAAGCAACGCUGCGCUCGACCCUCCCGACGGAAUUUUCCUACUUGACGAAGUCAUCCUAUACCCUACCAUCGAAAUCAAGCGUCACAGAUACCCAGUGGGGAGAAAUUCUCACUGCAUACUCCAAGGCCUCACACUCCGUUUUCAUCCUCCAAGUUCCGCUAAUCGGUGUCUGCUUCCUUGCUUGCUGCUUCGUUCGCGAUCGGGGCCUCGAGCGGGUUAAAGAUCCAGAAGAGAUCGAGGAAGAGAAGCGAGCACAGGCUGAAAGGGAUGCGGAGGCAGCUCUCGCCGAGUCACAGCCUGUUGAAUGGGAGCCAAAGGCCGAAAGCCCCCAGUCUACCGCGACAAUUGAGAAACGACACUCAACGUCGACGCUCGCGGAGUCUUCUUUGCCUAUCUCACACGCUGAACCGGGGCUGGCAAGUCUAGAAGAAAAGAAAACCACCGAGGGUAGAUAG